AUGAUUGACAACGAACUACGACAACUGAAAGAAUCUUUGACUAGAAACGCUUAUCCCGAUGCAUUUAUCGAAAGGCACAGCAAGCCUAAAGUGAUCAGACAAACGAAUUGUUCAGCAGAAAAACUACUAGUCACACUUUGUCUUUCAUUCAAACGUGAUGACAUCAAUUGCUUGCUCAAACGACCACUUGGAUCAGCGCUUGCCCGAACGUAUUAUGCAGCUGACCUCAGAAUUGUUCAUCGAACGAUUGAGAUCCCCACACCGUCGGUGAAACAACGUCCACCUCUGUACACCAAAUCGAAUCUGAUUUACCAAUUUCAGUUUAGUUGCGGAGCAGCCUACUUGGGUCGAACAGAGCGGCAGUUACGUAACCGAGUGAUUGAAUAUAUUCCAAAUUGA